AUGAACUUCUCUCCAUACGCUCCUUCGCCUGACGAAGAUCGCACCAAAAGAAUCCAGCAAGAAAAAAAUAAAAACAAACAGCCUCAGGCGAAAAACAAGCAAACAUUCAACUAUGCGCCGGUCAACUCAUCGGCAUCCACUUACAGUCCGUAUCAAGCUGGAGACAACCGACCUGGCUUGGGAUUUCCAAGCUCAUCUACCACACUUAUCAAUGAAGGCUUAUUCUCAGGUCCUUCAGGCUUGGGAGCUCCUUCCGGAGUUCCAGUGGGCACACAGCGCGUAAACAAGUAUGAGACCGCCUUACCGAUCCGUGUUGAUUUUGAAGCAGCCCUGACCUAUAUACUUGGCCCUGUUACAGGCCUGUUAUUCUUGAUCCUUGAGACACAAAAUGAUUAUGUGCGAUUUCAUGCAUGGCAGUCAUCGCUAGUCUUUCUUGCACUGAUGCUCUGCCACUUUGUUAUCAUGUUUAUUUCAAGUUUUCUCUCCUGGGCUCUCUUUUGCUUUGACAUUUUCCUACUGCUGUGGUUAACAUAUAGGGCCUAUUUGGAUGGAGCCACAUUGGAACGUUAUGAAUUACCAUACUUUGGACCUAUUGCCUCUCGAUGGGUUGAUGAAGAAUAA